GUCUGCGACUUGAAGCUGGAGUUCGACCAGGACCGCAUCGUGAACAUGGUGACCGUGGCGAUGGAGGACGACCUGCGCGGGUGGCUCUACCUGGUGGUGCAGGCGCUGAACUUCCAGUGCCGCUUGGGAGGCAAUCAUCCUCUGUUGAAGGGGGACAGCGCCCGCCGCUUCUUCGGCCCCGCCAGCCUGGUGCAGGUGGAGGCCCUGCGGUACCUGGCGCGGAGCGUGUGCGCUUUCCUGAAGCAGUGCAGCGACAAGGUGCCGAUGCUGGAGUGGGAGUCGGAGCUCAAGUCCUCGGCGGUCAGCUACACAGGCGAGGGGGUGUACGCCGCGGAGAAGUUCGAUAAAGAGCGCCUGAUGCUGGCCUUGCCGCCGAAGCACGCGUGCGGGUCGGUGCUGGCCACGGAGGUGAGCGACGGUUGGGUCCGAGGUGUGCUGGAGAAUCCCGAGUGGAUCCUCAAGAACCCUGAUGACCUGGGUGAGAUGCCGAAGACCCCCCGCGUCUGGGCGGAGGACGCCGAGUGGGAGCUCAUCGCCGCCGAGCUGGUGGACCGCGGGGUCCUGGUGCCUAUCGAGGAGGAGUGUAUUGCGCAGGUGAGAGGGCGGCGUGUGCUGGGCGGCCUCUUUGGGGUCCGCAAGUCACGGCGUGGCAAGGUCCAGGGUCCGCAGCGCCUCGUGAUGAACAUCAUCCCUAGCAACUGGCUGCAGGACACCAUCGAGGGAGACAUGGGCCUCCUGCCGACGACGGACAAGUGGAAAAGCCUCAUUCUAAGGAAUGGCGAGGUGCUCCUGACCUCGUCGGAGGACCUGAAGUGCUGCUUCUGCGUGUACCGCUUGCCCGUGGUCUGGCACAGGUACGUGGCCUUGUCCAAGCCCGUCAGGCGUGCUGCGUUGGGCCUGGCUGGGGGUGGCAGCGUGUUCGCGGCGGCGGCGGUGGCCCCCAUGGGCUGGAUCUCGGCGACGGGGAUCAUCCAGCACACCCACAGGAGGCUGUUGCGCGAGUGGGUGCCAG